AUGGAAUUCUUUGUCUCGUUUGUUUAUGCAUACAAUUUGGCUGAAGAAAGAAAGGAGCUUUGGGAGGAUCUUAAGUCUCAUUUUGACUCCCCACUUUUUACAAAUCAGCCUUGGGUGAUAGUUGGAGAUUUUAACGAAAUACUUGAUGGUGCUGAGCACUCUACUUAUGAUGACAAUCCCUUUGUCACUAGUGGGAUGCGGGACAUUCAGGAUGUGAUACGACAUUGUUCGUUAACAGACAUGCAUUCGCAUGGUCCUCUGUUUACCUGGGAAAACAAGCGAGAUGAAGGUUUAAUUUGUAAGAAGUUAGACCGUAUUCUGGUUAAUGAGGAUUGGAGUCGUCGAUUUCUCGACGCUUAUGGCGUUUUCGAAGCUGGUGGUUGCUCAGACCACCUUCGCUGUCGGUUCUCAGUAGGGAACCAAGUCUGCAAACCUAGGGGGCCAUUCAAAUUUACGAAUGCUAUCAUGUCUUGUCCGGAGUUUCUUUCCACCGUGCAAGCUUUCUGGGAUACUUCGGAGAGCCUCUAUCACUCUACCUCUGCUAUGUUUUGUUUUGUAAAGAAGCUUAAAGCACUAAAACCUCUAUUAAGGUCUUUAAGUCGUCAAAAGCUUAGUAAACUCUCAGAGCAGGUGGAGGUUUCCCACAAGGACCUUUGCCAGAAACAACUCGCUACGCUCUCAAAUCCCUCGUCGGCUGCGGAGGAGGCUGAGGACCAGGCAUUUCAGCGGUGGGAUCAUAUGUCUGAUCUGGAGGAAUGUUUUUUGAAACAACAGUCCAAGUUACACUGGCUAUUGGUGGGUGACAAGAAUAACAAAUUUUUUCACAAAGCUGUCAAGGCUCGACAAGCCCUUAAUGCUAUUCGAGAGAUUCUCUGUCAGGAUGGCUCCAUUGCAAAAACUCAACCGGAGAUUAAAGCGGAGGCAGUAAGGUUCUUUGAGGAGUUUCUAACUUUGAGCCAAAUGACUAUGAGGGGAUGA